AUGCAAAUGUAUGUCAAUUGCAGUGGAAACCCGUCGUGCAGUGGCAACCCGUCGUGCAGUGACAGUGGCAACCCGUCGUGCAGUGGCAACUCGUCGUGCAGUGGCAACUCGUUGUGCAGUGGCAACUCGUUGUGCAGUGGCAACCCGUCGUGCAGUGGCAGUGGCAACCCGUCGUGCAGUGGCAGUGGCAACCCGUCGUGCAGUGGCAGUGGCAACUCGUCGUGCAGUGGCAACUCGUCGUGCAGUGACAACUCGUCGUGCAGUGGCAACUCGUCGUGCAGUGGAAACUCGUCGUGCAGUGACAACUCGUCGUGCAGUGGCAACUCGUCGUGCAGUGGCAACUCGUCGUGCAGUGGCAACUCGUCGUGCAGUGGCAACUCGUCGUGCAGUGGCAACCCGUCGUGCAGUGACAGUGGCAACCCGUCGUGCAGUGGCAGUGGCAACUCGUCGUGCAGUGGCAACUCGUCGUGCAGUGGCAACUCGUCGUGCAGUGGCAGUGGCAACCCGUCGUGCAGUGGCAGUGGCAACUCGUCGUGCAGUGGCAACUCGUCGUGCAGUGGCAACUCGUCGUGCAGUGGCAGUGGCAACCCGUCGUGCAGUGGCAACUCGUCGUGCAGUGACAACUCGUCGUGCAGUGGCAGUGGCAACUCGUCGUGCAGUGGCAGUGGCAACUCGUCGUGCAGUGGCAACUCGUCGUGCUCUGGCAGUGGCAACUCGUCGUGCAGUGGCAGUGGCAACUCGUCGUGCAGUGGCAACUCGUCGUGCAGUGGCAACUCGUCGUGCAGUGGCAGUGGCAACCCGUCGUGCAGUGGCAACUCGUCGUGCAGUGACAACUCGUCGUGCAGUGGCAGUGGCAACUCGUCGUGCAGUGGCAGUGGCAACUCGUCGUGCAGUGGCAACUCGUCGUGCAGUGGCAGUGGCAACUCGUCGUGCAGUGGCAGUGGCAACUCGUCGUGCAGUGGCAGUGGCAACUCGUCGUGCAGUGGCAACUCGUCGUGCAGUGGCAACUCGUCGUGCAGUGGCAGUGGCAACCCGUCGUGCAGUGGCAACUCGUCGUGCAGUGGCAACUCGUCGUGCAGUGGCAACUCGUCGUGCAGUGGCAACUCGUCGUGCAGUGGCAACCCGUGUUAG